CAUGGAGUUUUUCUCGGCGCUCUCAACAUGUUCAGGGGAGAAAUAUAUGCUUAUCCCCUCUACCUGCAGAACAAGCUGGCAAAUAAGUCAAUAAGCUUUUUUGCCAUGGAUGUAACCUGCAAGUACUGGCCCUACCUCCACAAAGUGACAAAAAGCUGCCCGGAGCUCCAGCACCUUCUGAGCAUGAAACCAUUCCUCUCAGUGUUUCAUGCCAAAGCCCAUGAUUUUAAAUGCGAGGUUAAAUGGAGUGGAGCUUACCAGCAAGGGGCCGGAUUGACACUUGGGGAGGAGGUUGAGCAGUGUAACGCCUUCCUCUCUAGGAUUGCUGUGACCACAAAGCACAUGUCCAAAGCAGGACGUACAGACAUGCUUACACUGAUGGCCAUGCGCUGGAAUCAGCAAAAGUUUAAUAACUUGGCUGCUUCACUUGCCUGCCGAUAUCAGAAGGCCGCAAAACGCCUGGAAAGCCAACUUCAGGAUCUGGAAAGCAUGAAAAUCCAGCUGGCAGUGACACAGGUUGAAGUUGAGGGCUGGCUCACUGAUAUUAAGGAGUGGGCAGAAGGUGAUAGUUAUACUAUUAUUUCAAUGUCUCAGUUCUGCAGAAUAAUGGGAGACAUGCUUCUGCAAGUAAUUACUGUUUUAAAAUGAAAUCAUACAUACACUGUUUUCUUGGUCAUUUACUUGUGCAGUUAAAAUGCCAAAUUUUAGUAUGUAGUGCAUGCACACUGGAAAUCAUGUCAAAACAAAGUGCCCUGAAAGUACCUGAAUGGUGCACAAUCCAAAAGUUGGAACAUUGGACAUUUCGGUGACAUUCAACACUUUAUUUUAAGGUGUCCUUCUUAGAGUGUAAUUAUACAUUUAAAUACGGAGUAAUAUUAAUUAACUACAUGUACUUACUAUAGGAUUAGGGUAGGAUUAGGAUUUGGUUGAGGGUUAGUUACAUGUAAUUAUGCAUAAUUUAUUGUUAUUACUAUUUUAAGUUCAUGUAACAUAUGUAACAAGGACACCGUAAAAUAAAGUGUUUCCGACAUUUCUUGCAGUUAGCGGAUCCCAUCUUGGCUACGUUGUCAUUUUCUUUGGUACCCUGUUACAUACUUCCUAUACAUGCUAAUAAAUAUGAAAUGAAUAUUGAGACUCACCUGUCCUUCCUCCAGGAGCUUUUUUUUAUAAAGAAAAAAAAAGCAGCAAAGAGGUUAAGGUAAUCCUUAUGACUUCCCU